CGUAUAUUUACCCCUCCUGUGAGUGGUCUGAGAGCCUGGGUCUUCUCUGAGCUUAGGUCUAACAAGUUCAACUUUCCUCAGUUCAAAUCAGAUCCUCAACCAGUACAGAUCAUGAGUCUCAAGUGUUUCCUGGUUCUACCUCUUCUUGUUGGGGCAGCUUUUGCUGACGCUGAUGGUGGAUAUGCAGCUCCUGCUGCUGCUGCUCCCAGCUACUCUGCUCCCUCUCCUAGCUACCAGGCUGCUGCUCCCAGUUACUCUGCUCCCGCCUACCAAGCCGCUGCUCCUAGCUACUCUGCUCCAAGCGGAGGAUAUGCUGCUCCCACUGGGGGAUACGGCGCUCCCACUGGAGAUGCUUCUUAUGCUGCUCCCACUGAAUACGACUCAGGAUAUGAUUACAACAGCUACGGAGCUGUAGAGGAGCCUGGAUUCGAUCUUGGAACAAUCGCAAUCAUUGCCGCCAUCGCCGCUGCCAUCAUCAUCGCCAUCAUCCUUGCCAAACUCGUCGCUCCCUUCCUCGCUUCCAUCGCCGUUGUCGCUCUGGGUCUGUUCCCCAUGGCCCUGGACCUGAAGGCCCCUAUUGUUAAUGCUAUUCUAGCCCCCUUCAGCUUGACCCUGUGUAAUCCUGCUGGUCCCACCGUGUUCCCCGCCCCUACUGGUCGUAGCCUCGGUGAAGAUCUAGGUGUUGAUCCUUUCAUCGCUGAGCUUGUUGCUGGCGUCUACAACUCAUUCAUCGACAACAUCAGGGCUAACUUGAAUUAAGAGAUGAAUUCUUGGGACUGAAAGACUAGGGAGAAGUUGAGCUACACCUGUGAUAAAAUAUCUACCCCCCCCCCAUCCCACUUUACGACGCAGCAUGACGAUCUUCUUGUAUCCCCCUCCCUUACUCACACACCUGACUAUAAAGAAACAAAAAACAAACAAUUCUCCAAUAUGUAUUUUUUAGAAUUUGUAUGUGAACUAGUAUAAUUGUUUCAAAUGUAAGUUUGUAUAAAGCUGGUAGGUAAUAUACCAAUGUGUUUACAAAAUGUAUGAAUGUAUUUUUUCGGGUUAAAUCUCUUUUCUACAUUCAAGGGUUGAAUGUAUAACAAAGUACGCCAAAUUGGCACUGUGGUGGUUGAUCUUUAGUAAAAUAAUUAUUUUAAAUGUAUAUUUAUUUCAUCCUCUUUCUAUAGAGGUAAAAUAUCCAAAAUAGAAUCUCGUUUUUCUACCAUUUCAUUUAUUAAAUUGUAUUCUCUUUGUUAACUUAUACUCAAAUAAAAUGUACAAAAUAGAUGAAUUUAAAAUUUAA